AUGGCGUCGAAGAAGAAACGUGUUGCGGAACCAAUGUCGACAGAUACGUUGGAGAGCGAUUCUAAUGGAAGUAGUGACGAUGAUUAUGAUGAAGACGAAAUGGACGAUGAGAACUCUUCACCGAUAAAUGAGGAAGUGCAAGUGGAAUUUGAAGCUCGUAUGCUUGACGACAGCGAUUUCCACGGUGUGAAAACUCUUCUACAACAGGUGUUCUUGAAAGCGAACGUCAAUCUCUCAGAGCUCACCAACACUCUUAUAUCCCAGAACUUUAUUGGAUGUGUCAUCAAGCAAAUGGAUGUUCCUGACGACGAUGAUGAUGAUGAUGGAAUGGAUGAUGAUGACAGUGAUGCAGUGUUUGGUGUUAUGUCUGUUGUGAAUAUUACAGAAAAGAAGGACCUGGAGUGUGUACAACAAGUGCGCUCACUUCUGUUAGACAAUUGUAAAGCCUGUGCUAAGGAGAAGAUGUCUCGUUUUUCUGACAUGUUGCAUGAUUCUGAUCAACAUGUAGGCCUCCUGCUCAGCGAGCGGUACCUCAACAUCCCUCCACAGAUCUCCGUUCCCAUGUAUGAUUCCUUGAUAAAGGAUAUUGAGAAAUGCCAGAGGAAACAGAUGAAGUAUACCUUUGCUAGGUAUGUGAUGAUCAGCAAGACCUAUCGUAUGAAGGGUGUCAGUAAACAAAAAGAGGAGCCCAUCAUCUUCUCCAACUCAGAGGAAGAACUUCUACAUGAGGCAAGUGAGCUGAGUUUUACUUACUCUGUAGAGGGUGAUCGCGACACAGUGGUGGGUGGUAAGUGGGACUCCGACAACCCAAUGGAGGCCUUACGGACAGUGAUGGUCAUCCCUGCAGACCAAUUAAGUGUGGCUUUGACCAGGAUAAAGGCUGAACUGGCUUCAACCUAACUUUACAAUAAAAAAUUAUUUUAUCUUUCA